AUGGGACAUGAGGAGCAUGGAGGGACUUGGCACAUGGAAGCAGCUCAACUGGAUACGCAAAGGAAGAAGGGAGAAGCCAUCUUGAAGACCAGCUCGACCGUCUACUCGACCAACCGGUCGAGUUCCUCAACUCGACCGGCCAAGCUUCAACUCGAUCGAGCUGGAAGUCAAAGUCAAACCCGAAAAAUAGGGGAAUGGAAACCCUUUGGGAAUGGACUCGGUCGAGCUAGGCAAACUCGACCGAUUGGUCAAGGAGAUGCUCCAAACCGCCACCAACAGAGACAAGGGAUUGUUCCACCACCAGUGCAGAACCACAACUUUGAGAUCAAGCUGGGAAUGAUCAACCUUGUCCAGAACAAGAUGUUCCAUGGAUUGCCAAGUGAAGACCCCAUUGACCACCUUGAUGAGUUUGAUAGGCUUUGUGAUUUGACAAAGAUCAAUGGUGUCUCUGAAGAUGCCAUCAAGCUGAGACUCUUUCCUAUGUCUCUAGCUGACAAAGCUCACCAAUGGGAGAAGAGCUUGCCCCAUGGCACAAUCACCACUUGGGAUGAAUGCAAGAAGGCCUUUCUUGCUAAGUUUUUCUCCACCGGUCGCACAGCCAAGCUUAGAGGAGAGAUAUCCAGCUUCAUCCAGCGAAACAAUGAGACAUUCGCAGAGGCUUGGGAGAGGUUCAAAGGCUACACAAGUCAGUGCCCACACCAUGGAUUCAACAAUGAAUCACUACUCUCCACUCUUUAUAGAGGAUGCUUGCCUAGAAUGCUAUGGAGAGCAUAUGAAAGUACAGACUGGAGCUCGACCGCGCACUCGAUCGAGCUGGACGCUCAGAUGAGAAAAGACAUGCUUGCACUCAACUCGAAGUUGGACAAACUGAUCCUAGCCCAAUUCCCUGCCAAGCAUGUCAACUAUGUCUCAGAACAAACCUUAGUCAAGGACCAGGAAGGGGAGGAGACAACACAAGAAGUUUGCUACAUUCAAAAUAGACAAGGAAGCUAUAGGAAUCCUCAACAAGGGAGAUACAACAAUUAUCAAGCCCCCUGGCCGCACCAACAACAAAGUGUUCCACAAGGCUUCAACACAAGGACUACUCAUACCCAACCAACUCAAGAUUGGGAUAUGAAGGAAAUGCUCCAACAACUUUUACAAGGGCAAGCCAAAGGUUCUCUGGAAAUGAACAACAAGCUGGUUGAGAUACACUCUAAACUAGAGUCAUUGACUUCAAGAGUCCAAAUCAUUGAGUCUUCAAGUGCAUCAUCCUCUUCACCACAAGAGUAUGCCCAAGCAGUUACACUAAGAAGUGGGAGGCAAUUCCCGAGUAGAGGUAGCCCACCCCAAAUCGCUGUGGACAUCGAUGACGAGGAAGGGGAGGAUUUAGUCGACUAUGCUGAUAACUCGACCCCGAACUCGAUCGAGCUGGAACAAAACCCUGAACCAGAACUCGAUCGAGCUGGAGAAACUGAGACACUGCAAGACAAACCAGAGCUCGAUCGAGCUCAGAAGAGAACAGACAAAGCAAACUCCAGCCAACCAGCUAAACCUGUUGCAAAGAAGAAAGACACUCCAGCAGGACCACCACCAUACAAGCCCCCUCUGCCCUUUCCAGGAAGGUUCAAGAAACAACUGUUGGAAGCACACAAGGCCAAGUUUGAUGAACUAAUGAGACAGCUUGAGUUGAAGUUGCCCUUCAUCGACGCCUUGAUGCUCAUUCCACCUUAUCAGAAAUUUCUGAAGGAUGCUGUUCAGCAAAGAACCAGGGAAGCACAAGGGAUGGUAGUGUUGACUCGCGAGUGCAGUGCAAUCAUUCAGCGGAAGGUCAUCUCCGACAAAAAGGAAGAUCCGGGGAGUUUCACUUUGCCCUGCAUGUUGGGACCCCUAUCUUUCAAAAACAGCUCUGCGAUCUAG